UCGUUCAGAUUCGGUUGGGCCCUGACGAUUCUGCUCCACGUCUUCCUCCCCCGCGAGCCGGCGGCACUGAGCUGCGGGCUUGCCUAGUGCCCCGACCACUCCACCGUCCUCGACGGCGGCUCCUCCCCUGCCCAAGUGGAGAUCCGGGCCGCUGCCUCCCGGGUUUCUGCGGAGACGCAGGCGCCACGCCUGCGCGUGCAGAGACCCGGGGUCGCCGGCGAGAUGAAGGGCGCGUCCGUACCUGCGGUUGUCGGCAUGCCUUCGCCGCUGUUUCUUUGGCGGUUUAAGGUUGUAUUGUUUCUCCUCUGGGGUUUCUGCUGUUGCAAGAUAGGGUGGGACUCAGUUAUGAGAAUGAGUGCUGAUCUGCGGGACUUAUUUCUUUAUGAGGCGUUCUUAUACUACAAUCCUCUCCUUCUUGUGGCAUUGAUGAUUUGGUUAUGGGGAGUAAACUUGUGGGUCUUUGCACAAUCGUCAGUGAAUUAUGUAAAAGUAUUUGAUCUUGCGCAAACACAUCUAUCACACCGAGAAAUUUGGAGGUCUGCUACAUGGCUUACUUUAAUUGUUCCCACAAGUAUGACAGCUUACCUAUAUCUGUACUCACAUGGGGAAGUAUUGCUUGCUGCAUCUCAACCAGUAUUUUUGUAUGCUAUCCUUCUGAUAAUCCUCCUUUCUCCUUUUGAUAUGUUUUACUUGUCCUCACGUUUUUACUUUCUGAGGACCAUGUUGCGUAUACUACUUCCAUUACAAGCAAUCACAUUCCCCGACUUCUUUUUGGCUGAUAUCUUUACAUCCAUGUCAAAGGUGUUCUCAGAUUUGGAACGUUCAGUUUGUCGCAUGGUCAAUCGUCAGGUGGCGACAAUCGCUUGGUUUGAAGCCGAUUCGAUUUGUGGUAGCCACUCUGUAGCUAUUCCUCUAGUUCUCGUGCUCCCUUAUUUGUGCCGUUUCUUCCAAUGUCUUCGACAGUACAAAGAUACAAAGGAGAAGAGUUGUCUUCUGAAUGCACUCAAGUACUCGACAGCAGUCCCGGUGAUUUUCUUAUCCGCACUCAAGUAUCAUGUAUUCGCUGAACAGUGGGUUAGCUUUUACCGCCCCCUCUGGCUUAUUUCGGGUGUCAUAAAUUCUCUAUACUCCUUCUAUUGGGAUAUAAAGCGUGAUUGGGAUCUGAGCAUUUUAACCAGGAUUUUCAUGUUCAAAAGCCCAAGUACAUGGACAAAUCUUCUUUAUGGGCGGAGCUGGGUGUACUACUGGGUGUUAGGCAGCAAUCUCGUUCUCCGCUGUACAUGGACAUACAAGCUGUCGUCGCAUCUUCGGCACAACUACCUCACAGUUUUUGCGAUAACAGCUUUGGAAAUGCUGAGGCGAUUUCAGUGGGUCUUUUUCCGUGUCGAGAAUGAGUGGAACAAGAUGACAGCCAAGCAAAAUUUUGAGAUGUCCUCUGAUAUGCCUUCAGAAGCAGACAGGCUACUGGAGUCUAGUAGUCACACGAGCUCUGAAGACGAGGGAUACACGAUAGAUAUGUAGGAAAUUGAUACUGUUGGCACUAGGCAUGUAAUCCUCUUGAGAGGUGUCUGUUGACACAUGAAUUAAUAAUAAUAGUAAUGCUGGAAUUUUCGAAA